UGCGUCAGUGUGCGUGAGCUGACAGCCUCUCUGACUGUGGCAGCGUGCAGCGGCAGACAUGGUUCUCGAUCUGGACUUGUUUAGGACCGAUAAAGGAGGCGAUCCCGAAAUCGUUCGGGAAACUCAGAGGAAACGGUUCAAAGAUGUCACACUGGUGGAUAAACUGGUGGCAGCAGACACAGAAUGGAGGAAAUGUCGGUUUACUGCAGACAACCUCAACAAAGCCAAGAACCUAUGCAGCAAGAGCAUUGGUGAGAAAAUGAAGAAAAAAGAGCCUGUUGGAGACGACGACUCUCUACCUGAUGAGGCUCAAAACGUGGAGUCUCUCACAGCUGAAGUCUUAUCGGGUCUGACAGUUACUCAGAUUAAGAAGGUGCGUGUGCUGGUGGAUGAGGCUGUAGAGAAAACUGACAAAGAAAGGAUCCGAUUAGAGGCAGAGCGCUUCGAGUACCUGAGGGAGAUUGGGAAUCUUCUGCAUCCGUCAGUACCAGUCAGCAACGAUGAGGAUGAAGACAACAAGGUGGAGCGUACAUGGGGUGACUGUACUGUCCAGAAGAAGUACUCCCACGUAGACCUGGUGGUGAUGGUGGACGGGUUUGAAGGGGAGAAGGGAGCUGUGGUGGCUGGAAGCAGAGGCUACUUCCUCAAGGGCCCAUUGGUAUUCUUAGAGCAAGCACUGAUCAACUACGCCCUGAGGAUCUUGUAUCAGAAGAACUACACAAUGCUGUACACCCCUUUCUUCAUGAGGAAGGAGGUGAUGCAGGAGGUGGCCCAGCUCAGCCAGUUCGAUGAGGAGCUUUACAAGGUAAUUGGGAAGGGGAGUGAGCGCUCAGAUGACAGCUCCAUUGAUGAGAAAUACCUGAUCGCCACCUCAGAGCAGCCAAUUGCAGCCUUCCUCCGCGAGGAGUGGCUCAAACCUGAGGACCUGCCCAUCCGCUUUGCUGGCUUCUCCACUUGCUUCCGACAGGAGGUGGGCUCUCACGGCCGGGACACGCGUGGGAUCUUCAGGGUGCACCAGUUUGAGAAGAUUGAGCAGUUUGUGUAUGCCUCUCCUCAUGACGGUAAAUCCUGGGAGAUGUUUGAUGAGAUGAUCGGGACAGCAGAAGAGUUUUAUCAGUCUCUAGGAAUUCCUUACCGCAUUGUGAACAUUGUCUCUGGUGCUCUGAACCAUGCAGCCAGUAAAAAGUUGGACCUUGAAGCCUGGUUCCCUGGAUCAGGAGCUUUCAGAGAGUUGGUGUCCUGUUCAAACUGCACAGAUUACCAGGCCCGGCGCCUUCGCAUCCGCUACGGACAGACCAAGAAGAUGAUGGACAAGACUGAGUUUGUGCACAUGUUGAAUGCCACCAUGUGUGCCACCACCCGCGUGAUGUGUGCCAUCCUGGAGAACUAUCAAACUGAUGAAGGAAUUAUUAUUCCAGAGAAGCUCAGGGACUUCAUGCCUCCUGGUCUAACUGAAAUGAUCAAGUUUGUCAAACCUGCACCUAUCGAACAAGAGAUGACCAAGAAGGCAAAGAAGCAGCAGGAUGGAGGAGGCAAGAAGAAGAAGAAGCAGCAGGGAGGAGAUCUGCCCAAUGCUAUGGAGAGCAUGUCUGUCAACGACUCAUAGACCUGAACACAACAGGGCCUCCAACUACAAGCAUCCACUAGGACUGAACCGGACAUCUCUAUAUGUUCAUCUGCGAAGCUGUACAUCUCCACAAUCAACAUGCACUUACAAAGGGAACUAUUUUCAUCUGACUGCCUGCCGUUAAUUCACAACAGAGCCCCCCAAAAAGCUAUAGUUGACCUAGUUUGUCAUUAUGAUACACUGUCAGUUUUCACUAUUCACUCUGGAUGUUUUGGUGCAUUCUUUCAUGCUUUUCUCUUCUGGGGUUGUCACAGCAAGUUAUUUGUAAUGGGACUAUUCAGAUCAGUUUUUAUUGACAGGUCAUGAAGUGUCUUAACGGUCUGUUCAAGGCUUUAUAUACUUAUUAAUUGUGUGUCUCUAUAUGUUUAUGGAUUAAGACGAUGACAGUGUCUGUAUGCACAUGAAGUACAUCAAAUUGAUCAGGCUAUAUAAAUAUUAAAUCAAAUUAAAAAUAAA